ACACAGUUGGCAUUAACUCGAGCGAUGCCAAGUCAUGUCAAAUUAACACAAAGAAACGACUGGCUAUACACCAUCAAUGUGUAUAGUUCAACACCAGUUUGUGUAGUCCUGUACAGAAUCACGCCGAUGUUGCAUUCAACAUCGUCGUGGUGUUAUAUCUAACACUGCACUGGUCCAUUUGCAAUAAUCAUUGAAAUUUUCCUUUUUUCACCGCGUCUGACCCCUUCUGAAAAGCAGUGCAGUGUUAGGGAUUACAAGGGGCUGACGACGGAAGUUUGUCAGUCGUCAUCAGUAGCUACCUGCAUCAUGUGCAUGGGAGUUAUAUGAGCACCGCGUCGGAGCAGCUUGUAUUCAUGUCCGAUGGAUGGUUGGAAUUAGAGUGAUGGUCAACGACGUCCUCGUUGUCAUAGAAAAUCAUAGGGUUAGAAAAUCACCAAAAUGACCACCGAAGUGAUGAAAUUGAAUACAACGACAGUUGCAAUGAAUCAAUCAUGUUUGAGCGCCGGGGUAACCGCGGUUGACCACGAAGACUGUGCUUUUAUCGGCAAUGUCACCUUGGCAUUCAUCGUCAUAAGCAUCAUCCUCAUCAUCUUCGGUCUCUUCAACAACAUCCUCCUCGUCGUCAUUAUCCUUAGCAACGGUAGCAAAUUGAGGACCAUACCAAAUAUUUCUAUUGGUCACAUGGCGGUUCUUAGUAUCCUUUACCUCGUCAUCGUUAGCGGUGGUAAUCUUCUUACAUUCGGUCAGAUUGCUUUUCAGUUCGAGCUCAGUGACUCUGUCGUCAAGGUCAUAUUUUUCAUCCAAACUUUUAUAUCUGUAGCUUCUUUUUCGAUACUGGUACUUCUCGGAUUCGAUCGAUACCUGUCAAUCGUUUAUCCACUCCGAUCGCGACCCUAUCGAACAAAGACAGUGGCAAUUAUUAUCAACUGUCUGGUAUGGAUUGUUGCAGUGCUGUGCUUAGUUCCCCUGUUCAUAGGCCAUGUUGAGGUGGGCGUCAAGAAUAUCUUCGGAAAUUACCUCGUCCCAAGAAACAGAAACUCGAUGAUCAUAUUCACAGUAAUCACAUUCAUAACUCCUGUAAUAGCUCUUACAAUUAUGUACGUCGCUAUCCUAAAGACGAUUUGGUUUAACCAAGCAGCCAAGCAUUUACACGGGGAAGGGCACGAAAGAAGAUGGAAGCAGCGAAUUCAGGUAUUCAGAUCACUCUUCAAAGUGGUCUUCGCCUUUGUAUUGUCUUAUGGCUUCUUCUUCGCGGUUUUUCUAUGGAUCGCUUUGGGUGGGCAUACGCAAGUGAGUGCUGGUGUGAGCAAUCUGCUGUUUUACUCUUCACUAUUAAUAGUCUAUCUAAACUGUGGGAUAAAUCCUCUAAUCUACGCUCUAACCCAACAAGCUUUCAGACCACAUGUGUACAAGCUACUCUGUCCGAAGAAGUGCCGUAGGUGGAAACCGGAAAAGGACGCCCUCUACACGAUCCAACAAAUAGAUACAGGGAGCAAGGAUCAUGCUGCACCUCAUGAAGGGAACAAAGAUAAAGAUUUCGAAGUUGAAGAUGGCCAUCCCCACAUCUACCUUAACGAUGGUUACUAUAAGAACGAUAAAGCAGAGGAUUGUUUUUCGCUGGAGGAAGUACUCCGAUCUCCACAAAUUUGCUCAAGGGAUGAUCUUCAGUAGACAGCGAAACACGUAAAGUUUAUCGCUUUGACAGUGUGAACUGGGCCAGUUCACACUGUCACGAUUCGCGUCAAGAUUGAACGGGGAUCUUAAUCAUGUAGUAAUCAUAAUGAUCGUAUCAGAUCGUAUGAAAUCGUAUCAGAUCAGUCGAGGCAAUCGUACUGGUCGUAGAAAAAUUUGGAAUGGUUCACAAACUUUUGGGGCGAUUCUAUAUAGGCCAAUCGUUGUUUUCAGAAUGAUUUAAUAGACCACAUGACAGUGGGCUCCAUUCGAAAAUGAAAAUGUCGGGCAUGUGGUUUGAACCUAGGGUUAUACCGGAACCGAAUCAGCUGAAAAUCCAUCCGAAUACACGUUCGAGUUGUUUCGGGAGUAUUCUGUUCUCCCUGCGCAAAUGCGAGAAAAUUCAGAAAGGAUUCGGGAGCAUUCGAAACCAUCCGAAUUAGGCCGAAUACGGCUAUAAAGAAUCGGUCCGAAUUUAUUCGGGAGAAUUCGGUUUUGGUGUAACCCUGGCUUUAUUUGGGAAUAUUCCAAAGCCAUUAUUUACAUUUCACAGAGUCCCAUCAACCUAACAACGAGGGUAAGCUAAUGAAAUGUAAUACAUUUUGAAUUUGGCAAGAUAAAUGAUGAGACUCUAAUGUGCAAGCUACAGAUAUAUGUGUUUAAUUCUUUAAUGCAAAAUAUUUGAACCAUUAUAAAGGAAAUGAAAAUUCGGAAAGCUACGCUCUCAGUUGUUUACCAAGGAAAUCCAAUUAACAAAGUGAUAUCUAUUAGUUCUGUAAACAGUUCAAUAUAUCUGCUGGAAGCUUAGAAAGUGAAACGAAUUAUAUACCAGGUCCUUUCGUGGUGUCGUAUAUCCUGUGGGGGGG